AUGCGAAUGAUGAUGAUUUCCAUCGGGAUCGCCGGACUCGUGCAAGCCUCGCCGCUCGCGAUCGCUCACGCGAAACCGGCGAGCGGUGAGGGCAUCGAGUGCACGAUGAUGACCCCGUGCACGCCGCCGCCGCCGGACGGGAAGGCGCGGUACGAGUUGCCGGGAACGACGUACGACCCGGCGAAGGAGGCGGAGCUGCGGUUCAUCGAAAAGAUGAACGGAGGCGGCGCGAGCGCGAAAAGCGCCGAGCAAGGUCGAGCUGAGGCGUUCUUGGAGCGUCGAUGA